AUGUAUACCAUUGAUCCGACUCGCAUUAAUCAAUUAGCUAACGACCAUUACCAAAAUAUUGCUCAAAUUACAAUAGAAGAACUAAACGCUACUCUAAAAACCCUUCCUAACAACAAAGCCCCGGAACCUUCUGGCAUAGUAUACGAAUUAAUCCGAAAACUACCAUCAUCCUUUCACAAGAAGUUGACAGUCUUUUACAAUUAUAUUUUAGAUAAUGGUAUCAUCCCAUCAUCAUGGCAAGAUGCGCUUCUCUAUCCAAUUCCUAAACCAGCUUGGUGGGACAAUAAUAUACAACAUACUCGUCCUAUCGUCCUUUUAGACACCUUUCAAAAGGUUUUUGUCAAAAUCAUUAAUGCCCGCUUAAAUAAAUAUUUAAGCGAAAAUAGCAUAUUACAAUCAAAUAAUCUAGCAGGCACUCAAGCAAGGCUCAUCCUAAUUAUCAAUGCGUUAAUUAAUGAACAAGUGAUUAGAAAUCAAUUAUGGUUCGCAGCCAGACACCUUAACAACUUUGCACAUCUAGAAUACUUCACAGAUGGUUCAUUUAAUGCAGAGCCUUCUUCACCAGAAUUUCAAAUGGGUUAUGGAUGGACCACUUCUAAUUUACAAGAAUUUAAUUGGACCCAUAAAGGAGCCGUUGAAUAUAUGCCGUCGUCUACUAAAGGCCAUUUUGACUGCUUUAAUCGUGUCUCCUUAUAA